AUGAAACGUGAAGGCAUCGAGCAACUACGCCAGAAUUGGCUCCAACAGCGACGGCAGUUGUUGCGCGACAGAAGAAAGCGGAGCAACUCCGACAGAGACAAAGAGCUUGCCAAAGGCCAGAACAGCAGUCACCGCGUGAAGAAGUCCUUGCGGCUUUGUAAAUCAGCAGCCGCGCACGACGAGAUGGCGCAUAUUUUGAAGAGCUUGGACGCGGACGGCAAGGGCGAAGAGACAGUCAAGAAGAAGUUAGAGGGAGCGCCGUGUGCGAAGGGUCGCGGUGAUGAAGACGAAGCUGAGGGUAUCCCACGCCCACACUCUCCGGACAAUACAAAUGAGCAACGAUUUAUCUGGCCCUCCAGGUUCCCAGUACGGCGUCUAGUACCUCUCAAGUUCUCGGGCCUGCCACGCGAGAUCCAGCAAAGGAUAAUAAGCUACACCGUCGGUUUUGGAUCCAUAAUACUACAUCAAACGUAUGUGGAACAUUCCCAAUGGGGUACCUGGAUCAUGACCUCAAGGCAUUCUCGUGGUAACAUGGUCAUAGCCACUUAUAUGGCUCUGUCUUUGACGAGCAGGGACAUAUGUGCGAUGGCCAGGGAGGGCAUCUGGGGAACGAACACUAUCGAUGCCUGGGAUUGGGGCAUACUCAGCCGCUUGCUCCAAGCCGUUCAGCCUAGGACAAUCAGACUCAUUCGCUCAGUUCUUCUUCGCGAUUUUCGAGGAGAGUGUCAAAUCACUCAUGAUGUGCUUCGAAAUCUGAGUCUGAAUAGUUUGACUUUCGUUGCCACACCGUGGUACAAUCCCAGAAGUUCAUCUGCUCAGUUCAGGCAGUACGUCGUUCAGCAACAAGAUUCGCUACUAGAUGCCCACCUCACAACUUUAACGACGCUACGGAGGCAGGCCGGCAAGUAUCGUCUAAAAAUCAAGUACUUGUCAGACUACAACGGAGCCUUUCAAUACCAUGAAAGUCUCGUACUCCGCUACCACUUACUGGCUAGAUAUCCCGGUGUUGUUCCUCUGAACCCAGCCGAGAUUCGACGCAUCUCUGAACACUUGGAGCAACGUUUCACGCGAGAGUUUGUUCGUCGGGAGAAUCUGCAAAGGGAAUCUGCCGAGCGCAUGGUGGCUGAAGGUCAAGAUUUACUGCGUUACUUGGAUCACCCUGAGCCGACCUGA